UAGCAGAACAGCACCCUCACAGAACCGAUACCAAUUAUAAUAGUCUUCAGUGAUAUCGGAUUGUCUUGCUUCUGCUUCCUCUACUUCUUUCUUUUUCUUCCACUUCAUACAUCUCCCUGUCAUUCAAACUCACAACAUACAUUUUUCUUCGUGCCUGCUUGAACUUAUUUCAUCGCUUUUUCGGUCUUUUGACUAAGAUCGAAGUGUAUAAUAUAUAUUUUUGACCAGUUUCUAUUAGAUUCUCGCAUCUUCUGCAAAAGCAUCAGACGAGGAAACUAACGGCUAAAUUUGCGUCAUUUUUCUCCUCGACCUGUUAAAGGAACUUUAUAUUACAGCAGUCUAAAUAGGAACCAUUGAAGAAGGAGAAACCGUCUACCUGCUAACCUAUUCAUCUAACGAAACCAACUUAUCUACUUCUAUCAAAAACGCUUGCAAAAACAUCCCCCGUUUGUCAUACUGAGAUUACCAAACAUAAAAAAAAACACUAAUCAGGGAGUGCAGACUGGAAUUUCAAUUUUAAUUUUAGUGAGAUAACAAAAAAAUCAACCAUGACUAGCGAACUUGAAGCAUUACGGCAAGAGACCGAACAGUUGAAAAACCAAAUUAGGGAAGCUCGGAAAGCUGCUGCCGAUACAACGUUAGCAAUGGCAACAGCAAAUGUGGAACCAGUUGGAAGGAUACAAAUGAGAACAAGGCGUACACUCAGAGGUCACUUGGCCAAAAUAUAUGCCAUGCAUUGGGCAUCAGAUUCUCGAAGGAAUUUAGUAUCAGCUUCUCAAGAUGGUAAACUAAUUGUAUGGGAUGGUUACACAACAAACAAGGUUCAUGCAAUACCACUCCGUUCCAGUUGGGUAAUGACAUGUGCCUAUGCUCCCACAGGAAAUUAUGUAGCAUGUGGUGGUCUGGAUAAUAUUUGCUCCAUUUACAGUCUAAAAACUAGAGAAGGAAAUGUGAGAGUUAGUCGGGAAUUGCCUGGUCACACAGGAUAUCUCUCAUGUUGUAGAUUCAUAGAUGACAACCAAAUAGUCACCAGCUCUGGAGAUAUGACAUGUGCAUUGUGGAAUAUAGAGACAGGAAAUCAAAUUACCUCUUUCACAGGUCAUACAGGUGAUGUAAUGAGCCUUUCACUUGCACCAGACAUGAACACUUUUGUAUCAGGUGCUUGUGAUGCUUCAGCUAAGCUCUUUGAUAUUCGUGAUGGUAUAUGUAAACAAACUUUUACUGGACAUGAAUCUGACAUAAACGCCAUAACAUAUUUCCCCAAUGGAUUUGCCUUUGCAACUGGCUCCGAUGAUGCUACUUGUAGAUUGUUUGAUAUCCGUGCCGACCAGGAAAUUGGAAUGUAUUCACAUGACAAUAUUAUAUGUGGAAUUACAUCAGUUGCCUUUUCUAAAAGUGGUCGUCUUUUACUUGGCGGUUAUGAUGAUUUCAACUGCAAUGUCUGGGAUGUCCUUAAACAGGAACGAGCUGGUGUUUUGGCUGGUCAUGACAACAGAGUAAGCUGCCUGGGUGUUACAGAAGAUGGUAUGGCAGUUGCAACAGGGUCAUGGGACAGUUUCCUUAAAAUCUGGAAUUAAUGUUUGAUGUUUGAAGUCUCAUCGUAAUCUGCUUCUGCACUGUCUGUUUCUAAGAGAGUCCACGACCUGCAACCAAAUUCCUCCAGUAAACAUAUGUAACAUGUUCUCCGCUACUUGUAGCGUUCUCAUGUACAUUGUAGGUCAGUUGGCACCUAACUUUUCUAACAAAUGCUUAAUGGACCUCAUUCAAACUUUUCAAGAAGGGGAGUUUUCUCCACAAAUCAUCUCAAUUUAUAUUUGCAUCAGACGUCUUGCUACGUUAUUCUGCAUGAUCCAUAGACAUUGCUUCUUCCCAUUUGCAAAACUGUCUAGUAUGCCUUCUUAAAGCAAGUAUGGACUUAUGGUAUUGACAAUUCAUACAUUUGUUUAAAUGUUGGGGGGUGGGGCGUAUUAUGAAGAAAAUAGUAUAUUUACUAACACUUCAGGUAAGAUUUGGUUGUAUUACCAUAAAUUGCUGGUUGGUGCUGCCACAUACCCCUCUUCCUAUACCUGAUGUUCUGGAGGCCCCCAAAUAAGUGUUACUAUCCGAUCAGAAAAAUUUGUAUGCAAGAAAUUACCCUCCCUUUGUUAGCUUGCUAGAAAACAUUUUUGGUUCACUGUAUCUGUAAUUUCCCCUCUCAGUGUAAACUUUUUGUCUUGGGACCAUGGUUUGGAGAAAAAAAAUCUUAUUGCCAUACCAUAAAAGGCCAUUUAGUGGGGCUAUUUGUUUAUUCUACAUGUCCACUUCAAAACAAAACAACAAAAAAAAGAAAAUUGAAAAACAAAAAAGGAAAAAAAUUAAAUGUUUGAAUAAAUGCUGGCUUCUAGCACUUUGUUAAAAGGGAAUGUCAAACAAUUCCAGCAGAAUGUUAAAAAUUAGAACUUAUUUCCCUAAGAUAUUGACCUUUUAUCUCCAACUCUUAGUUGUCAAAUGUGGCAUCUUUUAUGUACAUAUACUUAUUUAUGAGUGUCUGGUUCUCUCUGUGUGUUAUGUAUGUGUUACAUACAUGCAUUCACACAUACACACGCACACACACAUUUGUUUAAUAUACAUGCAUAUUCUUUCUCUCCAUGAAUUUAAAAGGAAAACAGAAAAGCACCAGAUAUAGUUUUGAUUUAGGAAAUGUCUGAAAUAUGCCACUUGUCAACUUCAUAUCUACUCUUUCUCAAUACACUAUGUUCCUCCUCCUCCAAAUGUACUCAAGAUCUUUCUUAACUUUUCUUAAUUUUAAAUUUUUUUUAAUAUAGACCCCUGGAGGCUGUCAUACCUGGCCUAUGAAUGGUUUAUUUAUUUCCAAUGGCUAUAUGUGAUUUGAUAUAUUACACAUUUGAUAACCCUGUAUGAUUUUAGUUGUCAGUAUAUAGAAAAUAGUACCUUGCUGUAAGGAGACAACGAUAUGACUUGUGCAGCCAAUUGUCUAGUGGUCAUAUCCUGACAGAAAUCACUGUCCAGCUGCCGAUUACUAUUGAUGUCUCCUUUCAAGCAUUUAUAUUUAUUUUUUCUUAGUCUUAUUUAUGUCUUUAGUGUAUUAAGUUUGGCCCAUCUCCUUUACUUGUUUCUGCACAGCUGCUUUCUCCUAAAUGAGCAAGACACUUUUCAAAAAUGGAUGUAAACUAUUGCUGAAUACAGCAACUGGCUAAUUAUUGAGGUUAACACUUUAUUUUUUAAAGUGAAACUCUUGGUGUGUUUUGUCAGGCAGAAUGUUUGAGUGUGUUUGUGAGAGAGAAAGAGGAAAAUAUAUGUCAGUUUAGUUAUUCUAAGGGUAUAUAUUAAUAUCCCUUUAAUUUUGAUGAAUAUCACAAUUUUGUGUGGUCAUUUGUGUGUUUGUGACUGUACGCAAGUAGUAAUUGAUGACACAAGCCUGUCAGUUUUGAAAUUUCAACUAAUAUCUAAAAACUUUCAAAAAGAAAUCCCAUAAACAUGCACUAAGCAUAUCAACCCUACCCCCUCCCCAAGAAAAAUCCCCCCUAAACCCUCAUUAACGAUCUUGAGUUGUUGAAGUUCAGCUGGGUAUAAUGACCUGAGCUCACCACUGCUAGCUGCAUUGUCAUCUGUGACUAUAACUUUGGGAAAAACUUUAAUCAUUAGACCUUUUUAGUAAGUUUAUAAGAGCAAAACUGGUCAAAUUUUAGAUGUUUAAAAUUGAAGUACCCUGAAUAUUUAAAAUAUUUCACAGGACAGCAGCCAGCUACGUGGUGGGUCCCGGCGCAGUUGUCGGUUCGGUUGUGUAUUUAGCCUUCAAGCUUUCAAACAGCAAAAUAUGUCAGGAAACACUAGUCAGUCUAAACUUUUUGUGCAACUCAACAAAUGUUGUAUAAUUGUUUUGUCCAAUAAAGUUGUAUAUGUCUAUGGA